AGGAGGGGUGGGCGGUGGGAGAGACAAGAACAUAUAAAGGGAAAUGGCUUGUGCCCCUCCUGGGGUUUGUAUUUCACCUUUUUCCCCGAGGUUCGUGAAUGCAAAAUGAAGCUAUUUUUCCUAAGCUGCUGGCUGGUUUCUUGCUGUUGCCAAGCUGGGGCAGUGAGGAGGGAGUACUACAUUGGCAUUACAGAGACGGUGUGGAACUACGCGCCCGGCAGUACAGACCUCAUCUCUGGACAGCUUUUUGCAGAUGAAGAGCAGGCUGGAGUCUUUCUCAAGAGAGGCCCACAUAGGAUAGGAAGCACCUACAAGAAGGCUGUGUACACUCAGUACACCAAUCAUUUAUACGAUGUGACAGUCGAGAAACCCUCCUGGCUGGGUUUUUUAGGCCCUAUCAUUAAGGGAGAAGUCGGAGAUUCCAUUAUUGUUCACUUGAAAAACUUUGCUUCCAGAAACUACACGCUGCAUCCGCAUGGUGUAACAUACACAAAGGAAAAUGAAGGUGCUUUUUACCCUGACAACACCAAAGAUUUGCAAAAGAGAGAUGACGGUGUGGAGCCUGGAGGCCAGUACACUUACACAUGGGACGUGACAGAAGAUCAAGGUCCAGCUGAGGGAGAUGCAGACUGCAUAACCAGGGUUUACCACUCCCACAUAGAUGCUCCAAGAGAUGUUGCCUCAGGGCUUGUUGGGCCUUUAAUUAUUUGCAGGAAAGGUACAAUGAAUAAUGGUAAUGAUGAACACUUUGAUGCUGAAUUUAUCCUUAUGUUUACUGUGAUGGAUGAAAAUCUCAGUUGGUAUCUAGAGGAUAAUAUCAGGACAUACUGUUCUGAGCCUUCCAAAGUUGACAAAGAUGACGAGGACUUCCAGGAAAGCAAUAAAAUGCACUCAAUCAACGGAUACAUGUACGGAUACCUCCCAGACCUCACAAUGUGUGUGGAAGAUAAGGUGAAAUGGCAUCUUUUUGGCAUGGGUAAUGAAGCUGAUAUCCAUGCAGCCUACUUUCAUGGACAGACCCUAAUAGAAAGGCAUCAUCGAGUUGACACCAUCAACCUCUUCCCAGCCACGUUUAUCGAUGCUUUCAUGAUACCAAGGGUUCCCGGGGAAUGGCUGCUCAGCUGCCAAGUGAAUGACCAUAUCGAAGGUGGUAUGCAAGCCCUUUUUAAAGUAAAAGAUUGUAGGAAAUCCACAACAGUUCACAAAGAGAGUACGAAGAUAAGACAAUACUUCAUUGCUGCUGAAGAGAUCAUCUGGAAUUACGGCCCAUCUGCAAUGAACCAUUUUACAGGACAAGAAUUAAUCGCUGACAGUGAAUCUCGUGUAUUUUUCGAACAAAGUGAGACAAGAAUUGGCGGCUCGUAUAAAAAAGCCAUUUACAAAGAAUACACAGAUGGGUCUUUCACUGAGCAUAAAAAAAGACUUCCAGAGGAAGCACAUCUUGGACUCUUAGGCCCUGUUAUCAAGGCUGAGGUGGGCGAGAGGAUCAGGGUGACCUUCCGAAACAACGCCAGCCGCCCGUUUAGCGUGCAGCCCCAUGGUGUGAGUUACCGCAAGAGCAACGAGGGGGCACGGUACGGCGCCGCCUCCAGAGGUACUGAAUCUCCAGCCUCUCACGUGAAUCCUGGUGCUACGUUUACAUACGAGUGGGACGUGCCAGAAGACGUGGGCCCCACAGACCAAGACCCAGACUGUCUAACCUGGCUCUAUUACUCAGCGGUGGAUGAGGUCAGAGACACCAGUUCUGGCCUUGUGGGUCCUCUCUUGGUGUGCAGGAAAGGAGCUCUCCUUCCUUCUGGGAAACAGAAAAAUGUGAACAUGGAGUUUUUUCUACUUGCCACAGUAUUUGAUGAGAAUCUGAGCUGGUACUUGGAUGACAAUAUUUUGAUGUUUACACUAAAUCCUAAUGAAAUUGACAAAGACGAUGAGGACUUCCAAGAGUCUAACAAAAUGCACUCCAUUAAUGGUUACAUGUACGGAAAUCAACCUGGCCUUGAUAUGUGCAAAGGAAGUGUGGUUUCCUGGCAUUUGAUGGGCUUGGGGUCAGAAGUCGAUGUCCAUGGGAUAUACUUUUCAGAAAACACAUUCGUAACUAAAGGAACAAGAAGGGAUACAGCAAAUCUGUUUCCACAUACAUUUCUUACAGCCAUUAUGAAACCUGAUUCUGAAGGAGUUUUUGAAGUGUCGUGCCUGACAACAGAUCACUACACAGGGGGCAUGAAACAGAAUUACCGAGUGAAACAAUGCCACUGGUGGAAUGUGGACCUAUCUAUGUAUUUGCAUGAAAAGACUUACUAUAUUGCUGCAGUGGAAGUUGAAUGGGACUAUUCUCCGAACAGGACAUGGGAAUUUGAGCGGCAUCUACACCAUGAGGAAAGCCCCGGCAAUCCAUUUUUAAAUAAAGAAGAUAAAUUCAUUGGCUCAAAAUACAGAAAGGUAGUAUAUCGUGAGUACACUGAUCACACAUUCAGCACUCCCAAAAAAAGAUCAGAGGACCAGGAGCACCUGGAAAUUCAAGGGCCACUGCUUAUGUCAAAUAUUGGAGAUAAAAUUAGAAUAGUUUUUAAGAACUUGGCAUCAAGACCUUAUUCUAUACAUGCCCAUGGAGUGAAAACAGACAGUUCUGUUGUUGCUGUGACUAACCCAGGUGAAACAAAAACAUAUGUCUGGAAAAUCCCAGAGAGAUCUAGUUCUGAGAAGGGAGAUCCACACUGCAUUGCAUGGGCGUACCACUCAACGGUGGACAUCGUUAAGGACACUUACAGUGGAUUAAUAGGCACACUUGUUGUGUGUAAUAGACAUUAUUUGCCAUCAUUUCAUAUCAAAAAGAAAGUCCAGUUUGCUCUGCUUUUCAUGGUUUUUGAUGAAAAUGAGUCCUGGUACUUGGAUGAAAACAUUAAAACCUAUUCUAGCAACCCACACCUUGUUGACAAAGAGAAUGAGGAAUUCCUUGAAAGUAAUAAAAUGCAUGCCAUCAAUGGCAAAGUGUUUGGAAACUUACAUGGUCUGACUAUGCACGUUGGAGAUAAAGUAACCUGGUAUUUGAUGGGAAUGGGCAAUGAAGUAGACAUUCACACGGCGCACUUCCAUGGCCACAGCUUUGACUAUAAGCAAACAGGGGUUUACCGGGCAGAUGUCUUUGAUCUGUUCCCUGGGACAUUUCAGACUGUGGAAAUGACCCCGCAGAACCCUGGAACUUGGCUACUGCACUGCCAUGUCACUGACCACAUCCACGCGGGCAUGGAAGCAACCUACACCGUGCUCCCCAAGGAAGACAAACACUCUUUGUUCCUGAGAUUAUUCAAUCAGUUGAAGUGUAACAGUACAGCAAGCACACGAGAAUGAAAACAUUUUACCACAGUAAUUCUCCAAGGACUCCCUUCGGUGAAGCAUUUCUUAAGAAAUACUAUCGCCUGGACCUCCACCUCUGGUUUUGGAAGAUUUCAUUUGGUGGCUCACGGCUAACAAAAGGGCCAUAGACUGAGACAGAUGAACGGAUAUAAGUAUCAGCUUCUAAGUAUCUUUUUCUCUUAAUAAAAAUAGUAUCUUGCAAGGUAAACAAAUUCUAGGCAAUGCCCAAUGCAUGUUAUUUAACUGCUGAGGAACACAGAAGAGACAAAUGAAACAUAAUUUCCUUUUCUUUUUUAAAGUUUGUAAAUAACUAUGUGUAAGAGCAAGAUUUUAGGUACCUGCUGUCACAAUUUAGGAGUUGGGUAUGUUAGUAGUUAUUGUUUGGAAAAUAGAAAUUUUGUUAUCACUUUAUCCAUAGGUUCACACUUACAGUAUAUCUACUGUCAUAUAACUGAACAACUAAAAAAAUAGUUUUAAAAUUUUAUCCAGUAGCAUCUUUCAAGACAGUGAAUUUAAAAGACGAAAUAGCUGUGGGAUCACAGUUGCACAAGGUAUUUUUGUUUUUCUGUUAUGAAAAUAAUUACAAGACAGACAAAGUUAUGCUGAAACAAGCCUGAUGAAAUUCAGACAGUGAAGGACAGAAUUUGGUGAUUACUACACCUGAGAGCUUUCCUCUGAAUCUCCUUUUGCUGUUGGUUGUGUAGUGCAGACCCAGGCAAAUUAAGCAGCAGUAUUAGUGCAUGACUGAUGCUGGUCAAAAAUGAAAGCAGUAAGAGCAGGUUUCGUCGUGCCAUCCAGUUAUGGUUUAAUAGCCCGACGCCACAUAGGUUAGACCUGUGUCCAACGAGGGAAGGACAUGAGAGACAGGCAGGCAAAGCAAAACCUGGGCUUUACAGCUACCAGGACAAAGGAAGUUGCUUCUCUGUAACAAGUCUAAAUUGCUUUGGCGUUUUUACGGUAGAAAGACUCUACUGAAACCAGCAUAACCCCUGCUAGUAAAUUAGAUCAUUGAUUUUAGCUGUAGCAGGAAUCCUGCCUAUGUAAGUUAAUUUUUUUCUUUCUCUCUUUUUUAAAAAAUAUAUAUUUUAUUUGCAAUGUA